AUGACCGAUCCCGCAGGCACCCAGCCACCUGAGCCAUUCCGGCCCGCUCUGCUUAUCAUCGACGUCCAGGAGGACUUCUGCCCGCCGCACGGCGCGCUCGCGGUCCCCGACGGGCGCGCCGUCGUGCCCGUGGCGAACGCGCUGCUCGCGCUGCCCUUCGUGUACAAGAUCGCGACGAAGGACCACCACCCGCCGGGGCACGUCAGCUUCGCGUCAAGCCACGCGGGCGCGGCGCCGUUCGCGUCGAGCACGACGAUCGCGAACCCCGCGAACGCGGCGGAGACGUACGAGACGCGGCUGUGGCCGGAGCACUGCGUCGCGGGCACGCCGGGGAACGCGCUCGCGCGCGAGCUGGACGCGGCGCGCGUCGAGCACGUCGUGCUCAAGGGGCUCGACCCCCGCGUGGAGAUGUACUCGGCGUUCCGCAGCCCGCUGCGCGACCCGCCGCUGCCGAGCGCGACGAGCGAGUUGGCGUACAUCCUGCGCGCGCGGGGAGUGACGGACGUGUUUGUAGUGGGAUUAGCGGGGGACUAUUGUGUGUUUUGGAGCGCGAGCGACUGUGCGGAGGACGGAUGGAGGACAUAUGUGGUCGAGGAGGGCGUGCGGAGCGUAGGAGGACAGGAGGGCUGGGAGAAAGCGAAGAGAGAGCUGGAGGGCAAGGGCGUCCGCAUCGUCUCGGCAGAUGGGGAGGAAAUUGAGUGGGUAAGGAACCUGGCUGCUUAA